ACUCGUUUGAUAUCUUCCAUCGCGAGUUUAUAGUUUGCUUCGAUGUUCCAUCUCGUGACUGAAUUCUCGUCGAUCGUAAUUCAAAGGAACGUUGUUCCAUUUACGUGUCGAUCUUAUUUGCAUCGACGGCGAUCGAGCUCCUCUCAGCGAGGAUGAGCGACGAAAAAAAGAAAUCGUAAAACGUGCGGGACGAACACGCGGUAACGAAGUGACGAUGAUUAAUUGAUACGUCGAAUAUCGACGAAUUAAUUAAUUCGAUAGAACACGAUAACGAGCAAAAGUUCGAGUUCCCUCGAUUCGAAUAUUUCAAGAAUCGAUACUGGCACGUUCGAUGCUUGGGGAACUGGUCAAUUUGCUGGACGACAGAAAAUCGAUAACGAGGAAAGAAGCGACUCCCUUUAAGGAUCGAUAUUACCGCGUAUAGAUAGUUUUUAGCGUGGCCAGCAACCUGUACAAUGCUGACGACGUAAUGCACGGUUUGAUUUUCUAUCACGGAACGUGGAAGAGGUGGAAGCUCGACCAGGGCAACCACCCCUGUUUCUCAGACAUCAGUAACUUUGUUAUCGUCGAUUCUUCGACUUAACCGUUUUUAAACGACCAUAUUUUUUGUUUUUCCUUCUUUCGUUCUUUCGCAACGUCGCGACUCGCAAUGUGCUCACGUUCUCUCUUAAUCGAUAGAGGGGCAAGAAUACUUUUCUUGCGGAAGAAACAGGAGAUUUGGUAUUAUUUAGGAAGAAGCCUGACGUUUUAGAAUACUUGGACCUUUGCACGGACCCACCUCUUCGUUUGCCCGCGUCUCGCCACUCGAGAAUGCAGUCACAGUCGGCGUGCGAUUGUUAUUGCAAAACUCGCGUGCCGAUAGCGCAACAAAGAGAGGAAACUCAAUACGCAAGAAGCGGUAUCAGAGGGUCGAGAAGCUCUGCUCGUCGAACAGAAACGGCGAGAAGCGCGAGGAAAGUUACAUUAGCAGCGGCGAAAGCGGUCAACGAUGAACAGCUCGAUAGCAAGAGAUCCAGCGCAACUCUUUCGGAUUCGCCGGUGCUUAGUCCGGAAACAACGGCCGUUCUCGAGAACGUAGAAAAAUUGGUGAAGGACGCGCAGAUCCAAAUGAAGGAGAUAAGUAUGUCCGCUAGGUGCGGCCGCCUUCAAAAAUGCACAGACGUAGAUCCGGACGAGGCGGCGUUCGACGACGAGAACGAUCAGCUCUUGUACAUCCGUGAGCGAGUGGCCUACAAGUUUCAAGAAGCGAACGGCUGGAUCGACGCAGGAUCCAGCGAUCUUCGACCUGGUCGUGAGCAACGCGACGCGAUCAAAGCCAAGAGGUCGGUCGAUCUAACGGCGCCUAAAUUUCAAACUUCCGACGAUCGUUACGAGGAAUUCUCGCGACGAAGGAAGCGGUACGUUCAGAGUUUCGGACUUUCCUCUUCGUGUCCCGCGCCCGAGCACGAAGAGCGCAGAGACCAAGAUCGUAUUACACGUGCUCCGCCAGAGGACACGCGGAGGGACGACAAGAGGGCGAACGCGUUCUCGGUGCGGAUGGGUCCUUCGGUGAAUAUCAAAGGAGACCUGGUCACCCAAAGCUUGGCAAGCAUUCGCAUCUCGCCGGAUCCGUCGUUCGUGCAGGAAAGUCGCAACGUCGCAACUUACGUGGUUCGUCGUGACUUUCGCGGCAAGGAUGGCUCUCCGAGGAAGAGGGAGAAAGUCGCAAGGAUAGCGGAGGACGGUGAAAGUAGGACGAAGAGGAAAUCGAAGAGGGCGAGUUGGAAAGACCGUGUGGAAAGUGGCGAUGGACCGGACGCGGCGCGCGUUCCUGGACAAUCGGAAACAGUUGCGGCAGGGAAAUCCUGCGAUAGCUUGGCGAAGGACGAAAAAUUGGACGAUAAACUGGACGAUAAACUGGACAAAAAAUUGGGAGAUGUGCCUGAAACGACAACGAAGGACCUCGAGGGCGAGGGAAACCUGGAAUCGACGGAUUACGACGACGAGGUCGCGUUGAAAGAGAAUAUUAGAGAAACUAUCGGGGAUAUUUCGAACGACGAAUCCGAUAGUGAAAUUAUGGAGGAAGGGACGGACGAUUCGGCGAUGAAGAUAUCGGCGAGGGGCAACCAGAAGCAAGUGAGAUUCGACGAGCGAAUCUCGGAGAGGAAGGAAACCUCUGGAGAGGAAAUAGUCGAGGACGGGAGUCCGCCGCGAGCGAAAAAUCGCGAAAGUCGCAUCGAGUCGCAAAAUACCGAAGGAGCAGAUGCAAUUUGCCAGGAGAAUUCGAAAAAAUCGUUGACGUUCAUCGAACGUUUGGAAAGCCGACGAGCUUCGAACGAUCAACCUGAACGAUCCAAAGGCUCUUCGAGGAAACUUGAAACGAACGACGAGCAGCUUCCGUUAUCGAGCAAGGAAAUGGAAGAAAAGCACAAGACCGAUAAAAGAAGACACAAGGAGGUUUGCGUGAAGCGAAGGACGGAGAAGGAUGAGCGCUAUAAGGCGAUAGAUAAACGUUUCGCAAACAUCGUCCAAACAUAUUGCAACAGAGACGAGAAACAGCCGGGAAAUUACACGGAGGACAACGUUUCGUCGUCGAGCGCGAUCUUCACGGAAGAUAGCGAGGAAUCGGACGAUCUUUGCAAUUUGUACGAACCUUCCAUGGACGAGCUGGACCAGGUGUUGCUUUCGUACGAUAAGAUAAUCGAGAGCGUCGUUCGAUCGACGAAGACGAUAGACAGGUUUCUUUCGCGGCCGGAGCUCGACGAAUAUCGCGCGCAGGAUACGACGAGAGGAAAAGCCGACGGGAAAUAUACCGCUGAUCUGGUUGCGAUAAACAGCGCGAAGAUCGCAACGGUGGAAACCGAUGGAGCGGAACAUUUAUCCAAACAAAGUACGCUGGCUGAUCGGUUUCACGCGCGCGCUAAACACAGCGGGGUGUCGAAAAUAAAGAAGAACUGGACGAUUAGGUCGGAGAAAUUUGCAAAGCGGAGCGCAGCGAUUGAAUUGCAAAAUUGCGAAUUUGAUCAGAGCGCAGAGACGGAGGUGGAAGAACGUCGAGAUCGGACGAAAUCGACGAGCGAAGAUCAACGAUUGCUAACGAGGAAUAAAGCGAACGUGAACGAAGAACGGGAGCUUGAUAGGAUGAAACGAACGAAAGCUACAACGUGUUUAAAGUCGUCUGUAUCGAAGAGAAACGAGGACGGUUCGAGGAGAAGAUGUAUCGCGCCGAAAGUCUCGGACAAAUUUACGGCGCGUAUUUUCGCAACGAACUCGAGGACGAAGGAUCGACCGGCCCCUCGGAGGAGAACGUCGAACGAAGAGACCACCGGUUCGAGCGAAGAUAACAGCAGGAAUUACGAAACGACGACCGGUACCAACGAGACGAGAGACGUUUUCCCUCGUAAAGCGCGUUUAUUUCGAAUCGUGAACGAUAGCUCGAGCUUGACAGCCUCUUCGAUUUGGCCGCAGUCUUCGAGUACGGAUACGAAGAGCGCGAACGAUACGAAAAUGUCGCAAGAGACGUGGAGGUCGCUGACGACCAAAAACGAGUCUCGCGACGAGAGAGCGACGAUUCUCAGGAUAAACGCGCUGGAAUUGAAGGAAGGGGAGGUUCAGAAAGGUAAUUUCGAUGACACGACGUUGCGGAAUAUCGUUCGCCCCGCUGUCUUAAAACAUGUUGCAGCGGAAGAGAAGAUCGAGGAAAACUUGAUGGCGCGCGCUCUUCGAGAAGAAACGCGCUUCGUAGAAGAUAAAAUAAAGAACAUGCUGAAGGUAAACGAGCUAGUGCCUCUGAUGGCGAAGAGCUUGUUGGAGAGUUUGAAGAACGACGAGGCCAGUCGUGGAAACUUGCAGUCGCUGGUGUCUGGAAAAUCGUCGAUAUACGACGCGGUUUCGAACAACGUUCGUAUGGUCGGGGCGACGAAAUCGGAUAACGAAUCUCAGGAACGAGAUUCGCAAUUGGAACAUGCGCGGGUUGAAACGAAUUUGAACGAAGAAAUUAUCGAGAAAGAUAUUUCGAUAAAGGAUAAAUCCGAACGCGACGACGCUAUUCUUAACGAGCCGAUUCCCAAUACCGAGGACCGAUCGUCUUUAAAAUGUAACGUUGAUAUAUCGAGAAAUGAAAAUUCUGCGGAUAAAAUAGACGGCGAUAUCGAGUUGGCGGAAGACGUUAAAACAAGCGGUGGAAUUGAUAAUACGAAAAAGGAUCCUGAAAAGAAUGACGAGAAUGACGAGAAUAUCUCGAAGAACGAUGCGAAUUUGCGGAUGGAAGUAAGUGAGAAGGAAAAUAAAAUGUCUAGGAGAACUGCGUUUAAUAUUAUUCACGAGCCAACCAGGAGCAAAGAAUGCCACGUUGCUGAAGCUUUAAAAAAUAAUCCGCUGCGAAAUAUCGAUGAAAGAAUGAAUUUACGCAAUAACGAGGCAGCUGUAAAGGAUAUUAAGGAAACCUCGUUGAAAACGGACGAUGACAAAGACGCGAAGCGUGAUGACCUUGAAACAUGGAAUAAAAGAUCAGUAUCUUCGAGCGACGCGGUUGGUGAAUUGAGAAAAGAGAAAUCUGUAGAAUUGUGUUCGAUGGAAAAUCCAGGGAAAAACGAACAGUUUGAUAAUAAUAUUUCGCAGGGUUUAUCGUCUGAUUCAUUGCGCGAUUGCGCGUCUCUUCGAUCUUCCUCGAGAAACCUUUCGAAAACUUCAUCGAAUAAUACGAAACUUUCACAGGAAGCGAAUGAACUUAAGCAGAUGGAAACGAGUAAUGUGAUUGUUGAUAAAAUAAGCAAUAUAAAUAACUCGCAUUUCGAUAGCUUAUUCGAGAAAAAGAACAUUUUAUCCGAUGUGUAUGACGGAAUGGACAAAAGGUUCUUCUCUUCUACGUGUCUUGAUGCCAAUAUCAAUUAUUCAAGUUUGCUUAAUCAACGGCAGAGGCUUUCUAAUGGUACGUCUACGAUAUCUACGAUAGAAUCGAACAAGAUGGAAAUUUCGGAUACUUCACACUCCGAAGGGGAAUUAUACAUGCCAAGUUCCGGUUCAUAUUCUCUCGGAGAAGUUCGAAUGUUGACAAAGAUUCGAUCGGAUGGCGAAAACACCGAUGAUUUCGAUAAUAACGUCGCGAUUUUCGUUACGAAAGAGAUGUUGACUUCUUGGAACGAAUCUUCAAAGUCUCUCAUACAGAGCAUGGGAGAAAUUUAAAAUUGCUGAUUUGAUAGAAAGCGCGUCAUAGAAACAUGAACAUGAAGAAUGUGUAUUACAAAUACUGCAAUUGAAGAUGCAACGACGGUGACAUAUUCCCGAAUAUUUAUGAUUUGAAAGGACCAUUAAAUACACGAUGAAAAAUAUCAUGAAAGUAUUGUAAAUAAAAUGAUAAUUUUAGAUAAUCAUA